AUGCCACCAGAGUUGAGGUCUGCUAGUUUACUCGCCUUAUUCACUCUUGUUGGUGGUACUGCUGUCAUAAAGGCUACUAGGUUGCACGUUGGCGUGGAGGAAGCCAAGGACGGAUGGUGGCGCGGAGCCGCGAUGAUGUCACCCGCGUGCCGUGUUGCUCAAAACAGCCCUGGAAAUCGGCCUAGAUCAUGUACUUUGAAACAAGCAAACCUGGCAAGAAUGUUGGGUAUCUGGGUCUACGGGGCGGACAAUGCGUGGAAUAUGGCAGGUUACGACACGGGUAUUGCGCGUAAGCAGGAGAGAAAAGCAGGUACUCAUUGA